GGGGCGAACGCCGGCGCCGGCUCCGGCGCCGGCGGAGAGGCGCCGCUGGUGUACCAGGCCUGGAAGGGGAACAAUGUAUUUUUCCUUCAGAGGAGGUUUAUAUUCGGACCUGAUGCGAGAUCCUUGUUCGUCACCAUGUUCCUCAUCAUCGCGCCAGUAUCCAUCUUCUGUGUCUUCGUUGCAAAAGGGUUGAUGAAUGACUUCUCUUAUGGUCUGGGGUUACCCGUGAUGGUUGCAGCAGUUGUAUUCACAGCAUACGAUAUGAGUCUUCUGCUUCUCACUUCUGCGAGGGAUCCAGGUAUCAUACCUCGGAAUGCACAUCCUCCAGAACCUGAAGGUUUUGAAGGCAAUGCUGAGGUUGGAGCUAACCAGACUCCACCAUUGCGGUUGCCCCGAGUAAAGGACGUUGUUGUCAAUGGAAUCACUGUGAAGACAAAAUACUGUGACACCUGCAUGCUGUAUCGUCCUCCUCGCUGCUCCCAUUGUUCUAUCUGCAACAACUGCGUAGAACGGUUUGACCAUCACUGCCCAUGGGUUGGGCAGUGCAUAGGGCUUCGGAAUUACAGGUUCUUUUACAUGUUUGUCUUCUCAACAACUCUUCUCUGCCUCUACGUCUUUGGAUUCUGCUGGGUGUACAUUAUUAAGAUCAGAAACGCAGAGCAGAUAACAAUAUGGAAGGCAAUGGCAAAGACGCCAGCGUCUAUCGCUCUGGUUGUCUACACAUUCAUUGCGGUUUGGUUUGUUGGUGGCCUGUCAGUGUUUCACUUGUAUCUCAUGAGUACUAAUCAGACAACAUAUGAGAACUUUAGGUAUCGCUAUGACCAACGGGCCAACCCAUACAACAGGGGAGUUGUGGAGAACAUCAAGGAAAUCUUCUUCACGCCGAUCCCUGUUUCCAGGAACAACUUCGGUGCCAGAGUUCCACAGGAGCAGGGCCUGAGGCCUCGCUCGACGAACGGCUUCAUGAGUCCAAACAUGGGGAGAGCUGUCGGCGACAUUGAGAUGGGCAGAAAGCCAGUAGCAUGGGACGAGCCAAGGAUGGCAGCUGAAAUAGGUGAUCUGGGAGGCCUGGGCAACUUGCUGGAGGACAAGGAUGGCAGGUUCCGCAACGCGUCCCCUGAUCUAAGCCGUGAUGCCCUCGCAGUUGGAGGCUUAGACGAGCAGGGCUCCUCGGCCAUGAACCCACCGCGGACGAGCUGGGGAGUCGAAGCAGGCAGAUGAUGGUAAUUGGCUGAUUGGCCGUGUACGCAGACUAUAGUGGAGGACUAAGGGAUGGCUAGUAGUACCAGCUUGUUCUUAAUUUGGUAUCUGGUUGAGAAUCCAGGUCGCUGAUGUUAUUAGGCCUGUGACACCUGUUUGUUGUUUUUUUUCUCUUGUGUUGCUUUUGCAUUUCCUGUAUCAGUGGUUUUUAAGCAGAUUAUUGGUUUGUGAGGUCCCCAGUUUAGGACAAUCCUAAUUGUGUCUGUAUAUAGUUGGGAGUGUUGAACUGAAAAAAUGGAUUGAUUUGCUUGGCUUCGGAUGUCAAUGGGUGAACAGCAUUGUACCUUUCAGUUUGAGCUGCCACCUAAAAGCUUAAAUUAAAU